GGCUAAUAACAAUAAUUCAACGGUAACAACAACAACAACAACAACAUCAUCGGCUGCAUUCAAAAUGAUGUGUACACCAGCCACCACUACUGAUCAUUCUUCACCAUCAUUAUCAUCAUCAACUGUUUCCGCUAUUCAUAUGGUUGAUUCUAAUAAUUAUUAUCAACAGCAAUCACAUCAGCAUCAUCAAUUACAUCAUCAUCAUCAUCACCAUCAUUCACAUCAACAACAACAACAACAACGGCAACCAAUCCAAUCAAUGAUGACGACAACAACAAAUCAGGGACAAAUUACUAAUCAACAACCGGCGCGUAAAAAACAAUCGACAAGGGAUCCAUAUUCACAUCGUAUGAUUGAAAAAAGACGACGUGAUCGUAUGAAUAAUUGUCUUACUGAUCUCAGCCGAUUAAUACCAAAUUCUUUCAUUAAAAAGCAAUCAUCAUCAUUACAAAAUCGUGGACGUAUAGAAAAAACUGAAAUCAUUGAAAUGGCCAUUAAAUAUAUGAAAUAUUUAUUAGAUAUUUGUCGGCCAUUCAUCAAUAAUAAUAAUAAUAAUAAUGAUUAUAAAGAUGAUGAUGAUUCAUCAUCAUCAUCAACAACAUCGCCACCAACAUCAGCAUCAUCAUUGAGUUCCAUUUCUUCAUCAUCAUCAUCGAUACCGAUAUUAACUAAAUUAGAACCGAUCGAUAUGGAAAUAUUGGUAACAAAUAAAACUAAUAAAAAUCAAUCAACAACAUCAGCAACAGCAGCAGCAACAAUAUCGACAAAUGAAAGUUAUCAUUUUAAAAAAGAAUUUAAAGAACGUUUUCAAAAAGUUAUGGAUCAAAAUAAAGAAUUGAUGAUUGAAAAUAAUGAUAAAAAUGAUGAUGAUGACCAUCAUCAUCAUCAACAAUGUGAUAUUAGUGAUCAGAUAUUAUUAUCAUCAUUAUUAUCAUCAUCAUUAACAUCAUCAGAAACCAAUACAAAUUUUGUACCAGUAUUUGCCUUACAUCCAUCUGGUCAUUAUUAUGUUCCUAUGCAUAUUGAAUCAUCCAUAUUGGGUUUUGAUGAUUUUCCACACAAAUUGAUGAUGACAAUGAUGACAAAAACAAUGACGAAUAUGUCUACAAAAUUACAGCCACCAAUAAAAACGACCACCACAAUUGAUGAUAAUCAUCAAUCCAAUUCACCGCCAUCAUCAAUGACAUACAAACGUCAAUUGAAUGAUUGCCAUUGA